AAUCUAUUUCAGUGCUGGAGAAAUGCCUGGCUGUAUAGGGCUAUUCCCAUGCAGCAUUUUCUGAAGGGAUUUUUUUUGUGUUGAUCAGAUAUGAGUGAACAGUCAGAAAAACACAAUUCCACUCAAGAGGGACACACAGGUCGAAGUUCUCCUGAGAAAAACUGUCAAAUCGGACAGAAGCAACUGCAACAGAUAGAACGGCAGUUAAAAUGCUUGGCAUUUCAAAACCCUGGACCACAAGUAGCAGACUUUAAUCCUGAAACAAGGCAGCAGAAAAAGAAAGCACGGAUGUCAAAGAUGAAUGAGUAUUUUUCUGUAAAACACAAAGUUAUGAAGAAGUAUGACAAAAGUGGCAGGCUAAUCUGUAAUGACGCUGACCUGUGUGACUGCCUGGAGAAGAACUGUCUUGGCUGCUUCUACCCCUGCCCCAAGUGUAACUCCAACAAGUGUGGCCCUGAGUGCCGUUGCAACCGGCGGUGGGUCUAUGAUGCCAUUGUCACCGAGUCUGGAGAGGUGAUCAGCACACUGCCAUUUGAUGUUCCUGACUAG